CUUUUUCCUUUAUAUGUGAUGGACGUUCUUGGUUCUCUCCCUGGGUUCCCAGGACUCUUCGUAGCUGGUGUGUUUAGUGGAGCUCUGAGUACCGUAUCCUCCGGAGUCAACUCCUUGGCAGCUGUAACUUUGGAAGACCUGGUCAAGACUUAUAUAAGAAAAGACCUUUCAGAAGUGUGGGCUACUCGUCUAAUAAAAAUUCUUGGUGAGUUCUAUAAGAUGGCGGCGCUGAGUAUCAGAGGAAUGAUAGGAGGCCCACUUCUUGGUCUUCUCACUCUCGGCAUGUUUUUUCCUUGGUCUAAUACUAAGGGGGCUGGUGGUGGAUUACUUUGUGGCCUGGCCAUCUCUUUCUGGAUUGGGUUUGGUGCUUUUUUCAACAAGCCGAUGAUACCCAGGGCUCCAGUCUCUGUGGACGGAUGUUUAGGAAACUACACUCUUUUGACGACCAUCGCUCCAGAAGUACACAACGCUGAAAUCUUCCCGCUCUUCAGAAUUUCUUACAUGUGGUAUAGUGCCAUCGGGUUUACUUCUGUUCUCAUCUUCGGACUGAUAAUUAGUUUCGUCACAGGUCCAAAUAAACCAGAAGACAUCGAUCCAAAAUUGAUUUGUCCAGUCUUUGAUAUAGUAUGUUGCUGCCUUCCUGCCAAAAUCCGGAAGAAGCUCAGGUUUGGGGUUGGUCAAAACGUGUCUAUCCUUCCUCGUGACUUGUCCCUAGCGACCAGCAUGACUUCUGAAAGUUUAGAGAAUUUUCAGAAGGAUAGAAAUGGCGUCUACAACAUUUCUUACGUUCCGAGUUCAGUAGAUAUGGAUGCGCUUGUCAUGAAGAGCACCAAAGAAGAUAUCACAGCAGCGCCUAAAUCUGAAACCCAGAAUACACCAUUGUAGGGGGCGCUCCAAUAGCUUCUCGUUCAUGUUACGAGAAGUCCUUUACUUGGGUAUUUAACAAGUGUAAAA